CUUAGUGGUCAGCUGACUUUAUGUACAAAACAAAUUUGAGUCCAGCGAAUAAUUGCAAUCCACAAUCAUUUUCUGGUUUGUUGUCGAGGUGAACACAACAGUCGAACAACAAAAGAACAAUGAAGUUCCUAAUUUUCCUAGCCAUUUGUGUACUUGGCAGCCAAGCAGUGUCGUUUUUUGACUUAGUACAAGAACAAUGGGGCGCUUACAAGCUCACCCACAAAAAAGAAUACCAAAGCGAAACCGAGGAACGCUUUCGCAUGAAAAUCUUCAUGGAAAACUCCCACAAAAUCGCCAGACAUAACAAAUUGUACGCCCAGGGAUUGGUUACAUACAAACUCGGUAUCAACAAAUACGCCGAUAUGUUACACCACGAGUUCAUCCAGAGCCUGAACGGUUUCAACCGCAGCAAAACCCUGCUGAGAGGAAUCGAGAUGGAGGACAGCGUCACCUUCAUCCCUCCAGCUAACGUAGAAAUGCCCACUGCCGUGGACUGGAGGACAAAGGGGGCCGUCACUGAAGUAAAAGACCAAGGACAGUGCGGAUCGUGCUGGAGUUUCAGCGCUACCGGGUCGUUGGAGGGUCAACAUUUCCGCAAAACCGGUAAACUGGUGUCGCUUAGUGAGCAGAACUUGGUGGACUGCUCCCAGAAGUUUGGUAACGAUGGUUGUAAUGGGGGUUUGAUGGACAAUGCAUUCCGCUACAUUAAGGCUAACGGGGGUAUUGAUACUGAAGCGUCCUAUCCGUAUAAAGCUGAGGACGAAAAGUGCCACUACAAGCCCAAGAACAAGGGGGCUACUGACCGCGGUUUCGUGGAUAUUGCCACCGGAAACGAGAAUCAGCUGCAAAAGGCGGUUGCUACGGUGGGACCGGUUUCGGUCGCUAUAGACGCUAGCCACCAAAGCUUCCAGCUGUACGCCGGAGGGGUGUACUACGAGCCGGAAUGCAGCCCGGAACAGCUGGACCACGGAGUCUUGGCUGUGGGGUAUGGUACCGACGACAACGGUAACGACUACUGGAUCGUCAAGAACUCGUGGGGAGACAGCUGGGGAGACCAAGGGUACAUCCUGAUGGCCCGCAAUCGCGACAAUAAUUGCGGAAUUGCCACUCAAGCUAGCUACCCUCUUGUUUAAUCCACAGUAGUUUGAUUAAUUUCGAAGUAGGAGUCGAAUUUUAGGUUAAGUUUGUAAAUGAUUUUGAUGUUGAGCUAUAUGAACAAAUAAAGUUUGAUAAUGA